UCUGUCGCACGUGACCAGGUGACUGCUUGACUCCAACCAGCUUCUCGUUUAUCUCAGCCAAUCACAGCUGGCCAAUAUUUGAUGCAGGUGGACUUUUGUGAAAAAGGAUUGUAAAUAAGCAAACGCUCUAAAAAAGCGACCUACGUACUCAAAACUAUGGCCAAGAAAAACACUCUGGAAAUUGCUAAACUUGACGUGAAGGAAUAUCGACCAGAAGAAAUUUCUUUCAAGGUGGAAAACGGAGUUGUGAAAGUACAAGGCAGACAUGUGAACGAAGGAGAGUUCGGCUUCGAGCUGAAAGAAUUUCGACGCACAUUCACUCUACCCGAAGGCAUCGAUCCUGAAAACGUCACAUCACGGAUUUCCAACCACGGACACCUGCAUAUCGAGGCUAGAAAAGCGCUUCCGAAACCAGAAGCUGAGUUAGAAAAAGCGAAAGAAGACAAGUUUAGUAUGGCGAUUGACGUAGCGGGUUUCCCUCCAGAAAGCAUCAAGGUCCAAGUUCUUGGUAACGAGUUGCUGGUGAAUGCAAACCACGAGGUUGAACAUGAAGGUCAUUACCAUGCCAUGCACUUCAACCGCCAGUUCGUACUGCCAAGAGAGGUCGACAUGGACUCACUCACUACACGCCUUGAUAAAGAAGGAAAGCUGCACUUCGAAGCAAAGAAGAGAGUUGCUCCCGCGCUACCGCCGGUCCGAGAACUUAUGGUACUCAGGGAUAAGUAGACAACAAGGACGUGUUGGCAUUUUUGCCUGCUUCUCAGGAGAGAAAGAAUUUAGUCUUCAGAUAGCAAAGGUCUUGUUAGACAGAACUUUUAAACUCUGACUCAACCACAAUGUCGACCUAUCUUUUAGGGUAUUAAAUUCUUACCAACUGCUAUCUUCUAGAGGGUGUUUUAGGAUUUUUCCGAUUCUGCCAUUUUUUUAGGGGUUUUCUAGCCCGAGGGUCAAGCCCUUUUAUCGUUCCCUUUAAAGUAUAUACCAGGAAAAAUAAAAUCGCUUAAUACUCUGGCUAGGGGUUUUCACGCCCAGGGAGGAGGAUUUUUUUUCCGAUUCUGCUAUCUUUUAGGGUGUCGCACGCUAAAUGGUGGUCCAAUCGCUUGAAAUGUAUUUUACAAUAAACCACAAGUCAACUGAUCGGUUCAUACUUCCGGCUUUAUUGUCGGUAACAUAACAAUACAGGAUCUGUCAACCAAUUAAAA